AUGUCAAAACAAAUGUUCGUGGAAUGUCUGUGUCGGUCGGCUUUGGUGAUUCACCGCAAUUUAACAAAACUGAACCACUCGAGGCGUAUCAGUAGUGUUUAUAAGGUCCCUGCAAGCUUGAACUUGUCUGUACAUGUUGUUAUAAAUCGAUCCUGUCAGGCCUGUGCAAAACGUCAAAAGAUGGACAUUACAAGGAGCUUCCAGAGCUAUGCCUGGUGCAAGCCAGACUGGUGCUACCCUAGUAUGAGCAAGGAGACCAACGAGUUGCUGCGACAGUGCGCGGACCUGCCUCCUGUGCAGCUGUCCGAUGAUAUUGAGGAACUCAUCAACAAGAGUAAAGCCUUCCCCAUACCGUUCCCCAUUCAGACCGUCAGAUUAGAAAAGCUCAAAGCGCGGCGAUCUAUAGAUAAACUGAAGAAGAAUAUUGUCUCCACGUACCCACUCCUACAUGAACGAGUACUACUUCUCAUUACACACUUCCUCAUAUACAAAAGAGAGUACGGCAGUAGUAUAGAGAAGGAGUUGUACAAGGAUAUGAGCGUGGUACAGUUUAUAGACAGACUGCUCAAGAAGAGAGCCGUCAACUUUAUGGGAGCCGCCGACUCUUACCUGUUACUGUCCGGAGAGAAAGGUUCGGACGGCUGGGAGAGUGUAGGCACAAUGAACCAGAAGGCUCCCCUACUGUUGGAGAACUGUCUGAGUUACGACGAGAUGAAGGUGUCGGCUCUGGUGUACGUCAGUGGACACACCGAGUGUAUCAACGCGGGGGAGCGACGCAACUCCGGCGUUGUUAGAGAAGAUAAUAUUGAGACUGAGGCUGUUAUUAUAGGUACAAUAGGUCCUCGCUUCCAGCGCGAGUUCCGAAUGGACUGCGAGGACAUCCUAGUGACGGCGGAGCAGAACGUGCCGGAGCAAGGGUACGGGGAGGAGGUCACUCCCACCACGUGCCUCAACGUGUUGAAGAACACGUACGUCAGGAACAACGCGUCCGGCAGACAUAUGUGGAGACAGAUGUGGGCUGAGUUCUACCAGGUACACAGCUACACAUACGAGGAACUAACAGGAUAUAUAAGUGUGACCAACACAAAGGACGCUCAGAAGAAGUACACAGACCGCUACGUGAAGUUGUCGCGACCGAACCAUAUAUUCGACAAUGAAGUGUACUACAAGCGACUCUCUGUCAUCGCUGACACGGUACUCAUUGAAGCUGAUCACCGAGCGAAGUUGGAGAAUAAAAUGGCCUAUGUCAAUGUUAUUGGUUGUGGUCUAGGCGUGUGGAAGAUCUCGAAGCACCAGGUGGACGUGUACGUGGUGUCGGUGCUGGCCCGGCUGCGCCACCUGCUGGCCGCCGCCGGCCUCGCGCACGUCGCCGACAUCAACUUCGCGUACAUCACGCCCAGCGACACUAUACUCGCGAUGUUCUCAACCACGGGUUCGGGUAAGACGGCUGAGUAUAAAACCUUCUUCGAGAACAAGAAACAUCCAAAAGGCGGCAUCAACGUGACGAUAAAGACACGCGAGCCGUCGUCCAAGUUGGUCGGCGAGGACGCGGGCAAGUUGUUAGUGUUGACGUAUCCGUGGGACGGGAACGCACAUCCCGGGAACGAAUUCUGGCUAGGCAGUGUGACGGGGUCGGGCGACCCCGCGGCGGCGUGCUCCACGCAGGUGGCCGAGCUGCACAACGCUCACGUCAACGGCGCCGUCAGCGCGGCCAACGCCCGGGUCGCCGCGCCCGCCGGCCUCCGCGCCCUGCCCGACCACUGCCGGCUACUGGCCGCCGCCACAUUGUGA